AUGUCCAACAAGAAGAUUGAGCAAUGGGAGAUUGAGCGGUACUGGGAGAUCUUCUCCUCGCUCUCAAAUGGCCAGACACGACUGAACAGUUCGCAGGCUGCCUCGGUGCUGCGCAACAGUCACCUGCGCGAUGAUCAGCUAGAGAAGGUCUGGGACAUUGCGGAUGUCGACGGGGAUGGCGAGCUGGACUUCGAGGAAUUCUGCGUCGCAAUGCGCCUAGUGUUCGACCUCGUCAAUGGCGAGCUCCAAGAAGUCCCGCCCGUUCUGCCAGACUGGCUAGUCCCGGAAUCCAAACUGCACCUUGUCCAGGCCACACGGGCAUUAAGUCAACCGGAACAAUUUGAACGGAUAGAGGACGAGGACGACUCCCUGGGUUUGAAGGAUGGGUUCGACUGGUACAUGAAGCCCGCCGACAGGUCGAAGUACGAAGAGAUCUACAACUCCAGCCGGACCCAUCGGGGCGACAUUACCUUUGAAUCGCUACAACCACUCUGCGAGUCGCUCGAUGUGCCCGAUACCGAUAUUCGCUCGGCGUGGAACCUAGUCAACCCCUCCGCAUCUCAAGCCAUCAAUAAAGACGCCACCCUCGCAUUCCUCCACAUGCUCAACUACCGGCACGAGGGCUUCCGCAUCCCACGAACCAUUCCCGCUUCGCUGCGAUCCUCCUUCGAAAGCAACCAGAUCGACUACCAGAUUGAUAACCACGCUCGCCCUGCACAGCGCUGGGGCGCGGACGGCAACCAGGAGACAAGAACCGGCCGCAAGGCCAAGUUCGGCGAUACCUAUCUGAGCCGACUGGGUGUGGGUGGCAAGGGAUCGUACCAGCCUAAAGGCACGGACUUCAGCGAUACAAUCCAAGAUGAGGAGUGGGAGAAGGUCCGUCUGCGCCGGGAGCUUGCCGAGAUGGAGGCCAAGUUGCAAUCUGCGAGCCAGGCGUCCGAGACCCGGCGCGAUCGGCCGCGCCACGAUGGCCGGCCGAACUGGGUCUUGGCCAAAAAAGAGGCGCUCCAGCUGUUGGAGUACAAGGAGCGAGAGCUUCGGGAGCUCCGGGAAGGUGUGGGCCGAUCUAAGGAUGGUCAGGACUUGGAACGGGCAAGGGAGGAUGUGAAGACCGUCGGCGACCAGGUUGAUGGCUUGAAGAGCCAUCUGGCUCAGCGGCAGGGGAUUCUGGCAGACUUGCGCCACGAAAUUGAGGAAGAGAGGGCUCGACGCUGA